CAAGAGCAACUGGGUACUUUAGGUGAAAUUUGAAGAAAAUUAAACAAUAGUACCAAACAUAUCCUAUAUCACCGGCUGCCGGCACCGUACAUCACCGCCGCCUUUCCACGAAGGAAGAUGGAAACAGGGAAGGUGGUGGUAGAGAAAAUAGGAGGGAAGUCAACGGUGAUACGCUGCUUUUCAAAGUACCCCCUCAAAAUAAUCAUUCCCAACAAGGUGGGUUCCUCCCAGACUGAUGCUGUUUGGAUUUACACAAUCACCUAUGGCGGAGGCAUUGUCUCUGGUGACUCCAUAUCAUGUUAUAUUUCAGUUGGAGAAAGUUGCACUGCAGUUUUGACCACCCAAUCUUCUACCAAGGUUUACAAAUCUGUAGGAUCCAAGUGUUCUGAACAAAUAUUGGAGGCUACAGUUGGACGCGAUGCACUUUUAGUCAUCAUUCCAGAUCCAGUGACUUGCUUUUCUACGGCAAAGUAUUCUCAAAUGCAAAUCUUCAAAGUUUUCCAUGAGUCAAGCUUACUUAUUGUUGAUUGGAUAACUAGUGGUCGUCAUGAGAGAGGAGAAAAAUGGGAUUUUUCUUUAUAUAAGAGCACUAAUCGCAUCUUCUUAGAAGGCAAUGAGCCUUUAUUUCUUGACACGAUAUUGCUGGAGGAAGGAAGUCAAGGCAGUAUCUCUGAGCGCCUGCAGGAUUAUCAAGUAAUUGCCAUGAUAGUACUUUGGGGGCCUAAGUUGAAGCUUAUUCAAAAUCAAAUCCAGGAAGAUGUGAAGAAAAUGAUGUCUGAGCAAUUCCGCAUUCCUUCGAUUAACUCAGGGCAUUUUGCAAAAGCACAUAGUGAUCAUUGCUUGUCCAAACCAAAUUUUAUUGCUUCUUGCAGCGUUUUUGGCCCGAAGGGGAUAGGCGUAGUCGUUCGAAUAGCAUCCAUGACAACUGAAUCAGUCUACAAAUUUCUGCAACAUCAAUUGGCUAGCAUGGAACCAGUUCUUGGAGUUUCACCAUAUUUCUGAACAAAAAUUGGGGGAAUGAAGAAUAUUUAUCAUCUUAAUAUUCCUCUGUGGGUUCAUAUUUGUAUAAUGCUGGUCAAAAGCACUGUAGCGGAGUUGUAGUUGAUAUUCAAUUGGAAACCUACUGUUCCUGUGCAGAUUUUCAGAUAUUCUGGUACCUGUUUCUUUGACACCCAA